AUGGCGCCGCCUACUCCUAUACUUUGCAAGGAUCAGAUCCAGGGUGAGCACCAAAAGCUUGUGCGAGAUUCUAAGUUCUGCUCCCUGAAAUCACUCACGCAAUAUCAAUGUAACAUCACAGCGUAUUCCCCUGAGGAAUACAUAUGUGUACCAUUCAAGAGGCUAUUCGAAGAAUGCAUAACAGCCAACAAGACCAAUAAGAGGAGCUUUGAUAACGGUAAGAGUCAGAAGCAACAGAAAGUAAACCCAGGACUGGUGACCAAACGAGUCGAGUUGACGUCCCGCAAUACAAACUCCUAG